UGCAACAAAUUAGAGAAACUUGUCAUACUUACUGGAAAAGAAACUCUGCACAUGAUUCUUUGAUCGCUCUUAUAAAUAUUCAGCCAUAUUUGGAUCUUUCUGUAUCUUCUUCCACUUAAUUCUCCUCGAACACCACCUCGACCUUACCCCGGGAAUCAAAAUGGCUUCAGAAGAUGGAGAGAAACCAGAAGUUGCUGCUGUGGAGCAGCUGGCAGUGACUACCAGGUUAAAUGAUUGGAUUAUUCCCACACUGAGAUUGCUUGCAUUUUUUGCGACGCUUGCGGCGACACUUGUAAUGGCGCUUAAUAGACAAAAGAAAACUUUUGUUGCCACUAUUGGAACUACUCCAAUACAAGUUACUCUCACGGCCAAAUUUCAACACACUCCAGCUUUUGUGUUCUUCGUGAUAGCUAAUGGCAAUGCUAGUCUCCAUAAUUUAUUGAUAUUAAUUGUCAAUUUCAUGGGACACAAGUUUGAUUACAAGGGACUUCGCCCUUUUGCAAUUGCAGUCUUGGACAUGAUUAACGUUGCUUUCGUCUCCGGUGGUGCGAGUGCGGCGGCUUUUAUGGGUCAGCUUGGUAGGGAUGGGAAUUCUCAUGCAAGGUGGAAUAAAAUUUGUGACAAAUUUGGUAGCUUUUGCGACCGUGGAAGUGGUGCCAUGUUGGCUUCUUUCAUUGGCCUCGGACUAAUGAUAAUUAUCAAUAUUAUCUCCAUUGUCAAGCUUCGCAAUCAUAAACUUGUUAAGUCUUCAAUUGUUCCAUGAUCCAAAAAGCUAUAGAUUUGUUUGUGAUCUUUAUUGUACUCCGUUUUUACAGCAUAUCAUUUCUUGUGUAUCGAAUAAGAUUGAAAAAGAAAGACUCGUAUGUUAUUCUAUCUAUUCAA